UAUUGCCCUCGUCGUGGUGGAUCUCAUAGCAGGCAAAGCAGCUCAGGUCCCAUUCAGGCAACCUCGACCUUACGUGGCCCCACAACUAGCAGUGAUGUUCAGGUAUGGCUCACGCGCACUCGGGCGCACUCUCGUCGCCCCAACGCAGCAAACUCCUUUGACACGGAUCGCUCAACCAUCCUACCGCUUUGCUUCUUCGUCUUCCUCGUCUGCCGCGCCUCCGCCACCCGCUCCCAAAGCAUCUCCGUCGAAGCUGACAAAGGCCAGCAAGCCCUCCUCGAAAGUCAAUGCCCGUACCUCGAGACUCCUGCGGUCACAGCUCGCUCCAGCCUCGGCGGCGCCGGGCAACACAGACGCAGAAGCAGCAGAAGCAGCCGCCUUGGCAGAGGACGACUACGCCCAAGCCAACAUCGCCGAGUCGCGAGGCGCGGCAGGCCCAUCAACGACGUCUGCAGCAGCUGUACCGCCUCAGCUGCAAGAGGUCCUAGCCUUCGCCACUGCUUCGUCUUAUGACUUUGCCGCUCUGAUCAAUUCGGGUCGAUUGCCUCCGGGUUGGCGUCUCAUGGAGGAUGGCCAGGUCAUCUACCUACCCUCCUGGCCUGCCCACCAUCAUCCACAUACACAUGGCAAACCUGGCCGCUCAGCAUCAGGCGAGGUGUUUAUUCUCCGGACCGGAGCCUACAUCACCUGGGGGCUCAACGCCGAGCAGGCUCAGAGGUUCAGAGGGAGCGUACUGAGUCCAAGAGGUGCGAUACAAGCAGCAUCGCAGCCGCUCAUAGAGAAGGAACCUUACGAGGAUGUGGGAGAGGAGGAAAUGGAGUUCGUCGUCAACGAGCAAGACUUCACACGCAUCGUGGGAGACGUGCUGAUUCUCGGUCAAGCACCGCCAGACGUAGACUCGUCUUCGGACCCCUGGUCGCCCCUACUGGCACGCCUGUCUUUCUCAGCAGGACUCGCUCUCUCCGCGCGCUUGUCCUCUCAGGAGGCAUCACUUUCAGAGUAUCUCUCAUCGGUCUCGACCCUACCCCUCUUGCUUGAAAAGAAGGGUAGGGUGCCGAUCAGCCGUAAGGAGGUCGUGAGGAAGAUGGGCCGGUUGCUCAAGCUACGGCAAAUGGUCAAUCUAGAAGAGGGAAGUAAGGUGGAGGAGCUUGAGUUGUUUUGGGAGAACGGUCGCAUGGAAGAGCAUUACGAUUCCAUCUGCCAGACCCUGGACAUCGAGCAGCGCUUCCGAGCGUUGAAUGAGCAGCUCGACCAUGCCGAGAAUCUUAUGGGUGUGCUUCGAGCUUUACUUACCGAGGGCAGCUCGCACAGGAUGGAAGUCAUCAUCAUUGCCCUCAUCGCAAUUGAAGUCACCCUGGCCCUGAUCUCUCACGGCUACCUCUCAAAUCCAUUCGCUGAGCCUGCAGUGGGCGACAUUGUCCCUCACGCUCACAGUCAUACGCUUGCCAAUGCUAGUGCGACCAAAGCCUCUAAUGAGCACGCCGUCUAGGUUUUUGCCUAUGCUCUAGACGCCCUCAUCUCACUGUAUUAUAUCAGCCCCUUUUGUGCACGUAUACCACCACUUUUCCUGCGCAACAAUCACUACUCAGUCUCUCCCAUUGCGUCUGAUCUACUGACGCUCGUACGGAAUCUCGUUCGCUGGAGCGGUGACGGAGCCUCCGACCUAGCCUUAGUGACUCAGGCAAAGCGCAAGACUCUAUCAGGAUCAGCGUAAAGACUGAGUGAGACGAGAGGCAUGCCGUGGGAGCUUGUGGAAUGUGUCAUGUCACCCCACGGGUGUCAAUUGUUGAGCUUCUGGCACAAUUGCUCAUAAAUCUGCAUCGAUUGCGUUUGGUAUCUGUAAACGGUCAGGCCGGCGCCACCGCCACGAGACUGGAGAU